AGUCGCGCCAGUGGGUCCCUAGCCUAACACGGUUCACGCCAUUACUCUCGUGACUAUUACUGUGCACGCUAUACGUCGGAAUUGUUCGCCACGUACUUUGUGUUCCAGACAGUGAUAAUUACGUGUGUGGUGUGGUGGCUGCUGUACAUUACUCCAUUAUUUUCGGUGAAUUUUAGUGAGAUCGCUUAAGUUACAAUGAAUUUAAGUGGUGGUCCAGCAUGUCUAAAGUAUCUUCUCUUCAGUUUCAACCUGUUAUUUGUGAUCACAGGUGUUGUGGUUCUCUGUGUUGGAGCAGUAAUUCAAUCCUAUUAUCACAGCUACAGUUACUUUCUAGAUGACAAAUUCUUCUCAGCACCAGCGCUACUUAUUGCAGUUGGUGCUAUUGUACUCAUUGUUUCUUUCUUUGGGUGCUGUGGAGCUGUGAAGGAGAACCACUGCAUGAUUUUGACAUUCUCUGUUUUGUUGCUUGUGGUGUUCAUCUUGGAACUGUCUGGAGGAAUUGCUGGAUAUGUGCUCAGGGACAGUGCACGUGAUUUCCUUAAGGGAAAAUUGAAUGAAAGCAUGCACAAAUAUGACAGCAGUAUUGAGACACAGGAAGUUUGGUUUGGCCUACAGACAACGCUGAAGUGCUGUGGAAACAAUAAUUACACAGACUGGGAAAGUGUCUUCCACAACACAUCUCUACCACUUUCAUGCUGCCCACGAUCUCAUGGUGCAGUUGGUACAGAUGAAUGCUACAUAAAUUCAACAAAUAUUUAUGAAGACGGCUGUUUGAAAAAGUUUGGUACAUAUGUGAUGGAUCAUGCUGCAACACUGGGGGGAGCUGGAAUUGGGAUAGCUUUUAUUCAGCUGCUGGGUGUUACUCUUGCUUGUCUGCUGGCAAGACACAUAAGGAGAAAGUAUGAAUCUGUUUCAUAACUGUAAAAAGAAACCUUCCUUCAAAGUUCUUGACUUUCAGAGCACAUGAUUUGUUGCAUCCUCCAUUUGGAUCACAUUACAUACCAGACAGUAAUUUUGAUAAGUUGUGUUAUGUAUAAAUUAAAUUUAGUAAGUACAGGUCCCAGUAAUUUUCAGUCUGUCAUGCAGAAUGUGGAAAUCCAUAACUUACAAUCAUAAAUUAUCCCAUUUAGCAGAUAAGCCAUGCAUGCAACCGAAGUAAAAUCGUUAUCUGGAUUACAUGAAUUGUCUGCAUUGAAUGCUAUGUGAAAACUGUAAAGUGGUCAGAAGAUAAAAAUGACACAAUUUCAGUGUAAUGUUUUUAUACUGAAGUAUAUUAUAUCCUAAAUGGAGGUCACCUUGUUCACUUUAUUGUUAGUAGAUUUCACAGCCAGAUAUAUCAAGAGGUGGAUACGGUACCUCAGUCACAUCUGAACAAUGAUAUGAAAACAUAUUUUUGUAAAUACAUAUAAAAGUUGUAGUAGAACUGAGUUUUUGAAUAAAAAUCUGCAGAAAAAAU